UUCAGCUUACCUUGUCAACUACAUUUGUCCAAACCCAUAAAAUUAACCAAGUGCUGUAAUAUAAAAAUAAUUUUUAAAUGUCUCAGUCACCGCAGAAGCUUCAGGUGCUCACCAGCGACGGCAAACUCUUCGAUGUGAGUGCCGAGGUGUCCAAAGAGAUUGGCUUAACCCAAAGCUGGCUGCAGCAGGACACUGGCGACUACAUCAGCCACUUGGCUGGCGAUGAGGACUGCGCCGAGCCAGAUGAUCCCAAUGUGCUGCCAUUGGAUCGCAUUAGUGCGCAUAUCUUUGGCAUUAUAGUCAAGUGGUGCGAAAUUGUGGCAGCCAAUCGACACGUGGACUACACUGAAAACUGCGAGCUGCUGCAGCAUUUGCUAAACGAAGCGCACGCACUGGACUCGACCUUAUUCGAUGUGAUUGUUGCCGCGGAUUUUCUCAACAUUGACAGUUUGCUGCAGGCGAGCACCAAGCUGGUGGCAGAUGCCAUCAAUGCUUGCAACUCAGUGGAGGCGAUCAGAGAGCGCUUUAAUAUACCCAUGCCCGAUGAAGCUGAAAUAGAAUAGAAAGUAAAAAGCAAAAUUUAAAAAAUUAUAAAGCCAAUUAUAAAACAAAAUUGAGUUGUACACAUUGCACUGCUUUUUUGGUUUGCUCUGUGUGCAAAUUUUCAUGUCAUUCGUGUCUAAGCUUAAUUGCUUUAAGUUUCCUUUUUCAAAUGUUCAAAACUCACAACUGCGCUUACCAUAAAUUUUGGCCGCUUUGCUUGCAGGCUUACAAAUUUCGAAAGCAUAUGAGCUUUCAAUAUAUUAUUAAAUAUAUAUAUCUGCACUUGUGUGUGUGUGUGUGUGUGUGUUGCU